AUGGUAUGCCGCAAGUCUUCGUUUUUCGACCGGGCUAUGAACGGCUACUUCAAGGAAUCCAUCACUGGUGUAAUUGAGCUUCCAGAUGACGAUCCAGACAUUCUUGAAUACUUCCUCGAGUUUCUUUACAGAGGAGACUAUACCAACGGCGUAAAGAAGUGUGGCUCUUGUAGAAAGCGACAUGAAGAAUUGAGGGAGGCCCUCGAAAGCUGGUUCCUUAUGACUGACGACAAAUCAUUAUCGGAUUUUCCUGAAGUCGACGACGCCAAGGGAGCAGACAAGCAUGUUGGUUCAGAUGAUAGGUAUCCUGACAAGAACACAAGAGACUCAAGAACGUGGCGUGAGGGGAGCUUCGACGAGAAUCUAAAAGAAUAUCUGAGACUCCCAAAGACUCAUCAGGGUAACCCAUCCUUCAAUAUAACACUCCCCCUCCGUCUUUAUGUAAUGGCAGUCAAGUAUGACGUCAAGCCACUCGCGAGAAUAGCCCGGGAGCGCUUUGUAAUUGCUUUUGACGACUACAAGUGGAAAUAUCUACCUCAGGUUAUGGAUGAGUUGUACCAAAAUACAUCAUCGACAGUAGACCGGGUGAUACGAGAGGCUGCCAUCGAGGCCUUGAUGGCACAUAAUCAAGCAGCAGGAAGUGAAAUGCCGCAAGCCCCGCAUGAUGGCAUUCGCACACCUUCCUCCACAGGGAGUCGAUACAGGGAGGAUGAUCACAGCGAUAUCGAUGAUUUCUGCGGCACAUCUAUUCACGCUGCUCUCUCGACUCUACUCGGUAGCGACAAGUUCUCAGACAUGACCAUCGUUUGUGGUGAACGUGAAUUCAAAGCUCACCGUGCUGUUGUGUGCACACAGUCUUCUUUCUUUGAUAAGGCUAUGAGUAGCAAUUUCAAGGAAGCCAUGUCGCGAGUUGUGGAACUACCAGAAGAUGACCCAGAUGUCGUAGAACGCUUCCUUGAAUUUCUUUACACCGGGACUUACAGUGACGGCGUCAACUCUACAUGGGGCAAACCAUCUACUGCGGCUAUGCUGGACCCGAAGACUGUCCAGCAGAACUUGCAAGUUCCACCUGGCGUCUACCAGAACACACCAGAGUCUGAACAAGGCGAAUCAACUGAUGAAAUCGGCCAUGAUAUAGAUCCAGACUACGAAUACCCAGAAGAGGAAGAAAAGGAACCAGAGGAGGAGUACACCGAAUUUGACGAGAACUCUUACGACGAGAACACUCGGAAUGAUGAAAAAGAACGUGCGAAAGCAAUGCAAGACAUAUCACUCCUUACCAAGACAGAAGCCAUGCAGCAACUAGCCGAUCUACGCAACGACAUGACACUGCCUCUCCGUCUUUACGUCAUGGCAGACAAGUACGACGUCCCAGCUCUUCGCCUGCUGGCACGCGAUCGCUUCUACCGCUCAGUCGAGAUUGUUUGGGAAGAGGCCGAGUGCUUUCCUGAUAUUGUCGACGAGCUAUAUCAGACUACGCCACCUACUGACACUGCAAUGCGUGAGAUUGUGUGUCGCCUUGUCGGGACGUUGAUUCUCGACCCGUCGGUCCGGCAGAAGAUGAGGCCUGUUAUGGCGAAGCAUGGGGAUUUUGCUGUUGGUGUGAUGGAUGUUUGGCAACCGACCGGACCGAUACUCCACGACCACAAAGUUACCCCCGCCACUAUCUCUGCGGGAGAGCGAAAGUUUGUCAUUGUACUGCCCGUCGACGAUUCAAGCCCCGAUCUCUGCAAGGUUGUUAGCAGCGCUGUUGCUCUGGGCUACCCAGCGCCCGUUAUCGUUAAUUGGAAGAAAGAAUUCCACACCGACGCAGAUGGCAUUGGACCCUCGCAAUUGGGCAAAAUCACUGGUACUCUCAACUACCUGCAAUGGGCCACUGGGGAUGAGGUCUCCGAGGACGAAAGAUUAGGAGAGGAGGAUCUCGUUUUGAUGCUCGACGCCCACGACAUCUGGCUACAACUACCACCGAGCGUUAUGAUGCACCGGUAUUACAGCAGCAACGAAAGGGCAAAUCGACGAAUUGCCGAGGAAUACGGCUUCUUCGACAAGGACACAAUGCAGCAGACCAUUGUGAUAGCCGCGCAAAAGGGAUGCAUCGCCCCGCGCGACAAGAUCUCGAACCUCUACUGCCACGACGUUCCCGAUAGCACACUUCCCGAGGACGUGUUUGGCUUCUUCACCGACUACACUGUCUCGAAAUACAAGUACAUGCGCCCCAAGUUCGUCAACAGUGGCAGUUUCAUGGGCCCCGCAGGCGAUAUGCGCCGAUACUUCCAGCGCGUCAAAGAUCGCAUGGACCAAGACCUUCUUGAGGUCCGGUCUAGCGAGGAUCUCGCUGGUGACCAGGGUAUUUUCGCAGAGAUCUUUGGCGAACAAGAGCUCUGGCGUAGACAGGUCAAGGAGGACGAUUUUGCCGGCUCCAACCCAGGCAAGCUGGCAGCGUUAUCGGCGCGAGACGAGUUCGAAUACCACGUCGGUCUGGACUACACACAGGAACUUUUCUACCCGACCUGCUACUCGGAUUAUAGCGGCUCUUUCGUGUCUCUCGACGGUCCGAAAUCUAUCGCCAAGCAUUCAAGCGAGGCAGGCGUCUCACCCCCACGCAUUGACAGCGUCCCCGGCGACAUUUCCGUCGCAGAAGCUCCUUUUGCUCAAUUGAGCGAUGGUACCGAGCACGGAGGUUCAUGGGGAGAUGUAGCGCUGUAUGUUGACUUCUGGACGACAUCGAUCCCUGUCGCGAUUCACCACAAUGCUUGGAAAAACGGCCUCAAGAGCCGCAGGACGACAUGGUGGGAUAAGACGUGGUACUUCCCCCAGCUGCGCAACCUUUUGGAGGUGCACAUGACAGCAAACACUACAACGCCGUUGGCAACCAUUGCAGCCGACAAGGGCAAUCUGGAGGUAUGGUCAUACGGCGCAAAGACCAGGGGAAAUGCGUCGCUCCUGUUUGGCAAGAAUAGAGACACAAAGGCCUGGGAGCUACGGCCGACAGACUGGGACACCAUCUGCAAAUCAAGUAAUGAAGCUGAUGAGGAGAAGACACGUUGGUAUGACGAGGUUUUCCGGGAUGGCAAGGGAUUAUUAUAG